AUGCUCUACAAGGUUGUACCAGUGCUGUUGCUAUCUGUUUCUGCUGCUUUCGCAGCUCUUCCUUCUGGUACCGUGACGUGCGGAGAUAAUCGCUAUAGCGUGUCUGCUAUCACUGCCGCCAUCAAUGCGGGAGUUCGGGACAUGGAAUCUGGAAACUUCCCUGAUGACUACCCGCAUCAGUACUACGAUGAGCCUUCAGAGCACAUUACACUGUGGUGCAGCGGCAACGGGCCGUGGUACGAGUUCCCUAUCAUGCCCGACGGCUCGAUUUAUACGUCCACUUCGAGCCAUUACGUCUCACCUGGGACCGACCGUGUUGUGUUUACUGAGAGUGGGACCUAUUGCGCAGUCGUGACACACACAGGUGCGGCGAGUUAUGACGGCUUCGUGGCAUGUGAGAAUGAUUGAGGUGAUGGGGUUAAGACAUGUGAAAGGAUUGACGCAUUUGUGACCGGUAACUACCUUG